AUGGGGGGUCCCAAGCACAACAGCAAGGCCCGUAGCAAGGGCACGGGGAAAGAUACCAUCCCGUUGCCCGAUGGUAUCGUUCUCUCCGGCAGUUCUAUCGCACCUGCAAGCGAUAAUGAGGACCAGCAGGUUGCCUUUGUCCCCGGCGAGUCCAUGGAGAUGCCGACUCGCAAGAAGGUCCGCAAGAAGAUCAAGCCAUCCACCCCCGAAUUCGAAUGGUACGGCUUCCCCGAUUCCGACUUCGUUGCGUCUCCAGAUUGGACCGCAAACAAAGAUAGUGCCGUCAAGGGCGCUCGGUACAACUUCCGUCAUCUUGACAUCACUGUCGACAAGCCUUGGAUCGCCAAUCACCGCCCGCAGUGGCACAACGAUGACUGGGCCGUCGACCAUCACUCGAGCGACUCGACUAUUAGCAACGUUGAAAUGCGCGCCGCUAUGAAGGUGCGAAUUGACGCGAAAUAUCCAACCGGCGGUCGUAUACUCUUUAGAGUCUCCGAGCUAUAUUACAACGGAUGGAACAACAACAUUCGCAAUCCUUCAACCCCUAACCUUGUCGCUAUCCUGCACACCCUUUCUCGGGAUUAUGCCUCGACUCCUCUGCUUGCUGGUAUUCUCUCCAACGAUGAUCCGGACGUACAUGAGGUGUCCAACGUUACGAUGCUGGGGGAGUCGGCAGCCGGCCCCGAAGCCAACCAAGUCCACAAGAUAGGGACCAUUCUCCUUGCAGCCUCCCAUGUUCUCAAAUUCUCCCCCACGUCUCCGCUUCCGGAUGGAGUCAACGUCAGCGCCGACCCGUCCGCUUACGGGCAUCGAUUCCAGCCCUCUACAGAUGGAAAGGCUGUUGCAGGAUACACUAUGGAGGAUUGGUGUCGGGCAAUCAACAUUGUGCUCAUCUUCUGUUACCGCCGAACGGGGCGCACGCUUAUCGCUAGCGAGACUGCCCCCCAGCACAAGGCUGUGACGCAAGUUAUUUAUGUUCCCGAGGAUGAUGACACCGGCUACAUUGGCGAGGCAGAGGCCAGGAACUCGACAGAGAGCAUGCUCAAUCGCGCUCUCUUCAAGUUAGCUCCAGAACAGAACAAGGUCAGGAAGAAGUUAGCAAUGCUAGCCUUGUCUCAGACCAAGAUAGGAGCAGUCGAUCACGUGGCCCGCCACGAGAAGAUUAUCUCGGCCAUCCAGGGUUCAACUAAUCUUACUGACGUGAUUGCCUCGCGAUGCCACGAACAAGGAAUCCACUCCCCGGUCAAGGUUGAUGACGAGACUAUGAGGCUUUUGCUUGAUGUCCUCUGCGAUCGCGUCGAGAUUAACCGACACACAAAGAGCUUCGAUGCUAUUGCGCCAACCUUUUCUGAAAUCAGUCCCGACUAUAAUCCACAGCACUUUCAGGACUUUCUCGAAAUCGGUUGCGCUGAUUUACACCUUCAGGUCCAGGCUGCCAGAAGCGAGCCGGCCGACUCGCAAGCUCGCAAAGAAGCUGACAUUGCUAUCAACCGUGCAUUUGAGACUUGGCUUAUUAACUCGACUGUGUCCGCUGAAUGUCCUGCCGAGGACGCUGACGACCUUGAGCAUAUUUCUCGUCUUCAAGGAUACACUGAUUGGCGAAACUGCGCCCCGAGCAGCCGCCGACCAGAUUACAAGCUGUUCCCGCAUCAAGUUAUAGAUUCAGAUUACAUGUUGCGCUUAGAGAAGACUCCCUUUAAGGGCGGCAUUAUUGGACAUGGCGUUGGAACUGGCAAAACGAACAUUAUCUUUAACCUUGUUGCUGCGGCUGCAGAUGAGAUUGACCGGAACAUUGCAACAAGCUCUGACGCGCCUAAGGGUCCCUUCUUCCCAACCCUUGUGCUUGCGUCUACUGCCAACUUUUCCCAGGUGUGGUAUAAGUCCAAGGUCUUUGAAGACAAGUUGAAGUUCUAUUUCUACUACUCUUCUCGCUCUGUUCUACCCAAGAAUGACGGCCGCUGGAAUUCUACUUGGAACUGGGACGAGCUUGACAGGAAGCUACACGGACUAGAUCCCAAUGACCCCCAGACUGCUAGAGUCGUUGUCUUGUCAACCCAUAGCACCUACUUUGGCCGCACCACGAAGUACAAGACAAUUCCUAUCCGAGUUCAGCCUAACAUUCUCCCUGGCUUUUUGAAAUGCGCAUCCGGCGAAGACGUCCAUCCGAAUGGUCGCAUGUAUGCCCUUCCGACCCAUCAUAACAAGCCAGUUGUGCCAGAUAACUACUUCCAGCCUGAUUGCUAUUCAGUUGUUGAGGAUGAGAACGAGGCUCACUGUUUCAUAGGCCUGUGGGAGAUCACCCACCGUCUUGCGGAUUGGAAACGGUCCUGGGCCCGUGUUAUUGUCGAUGAAGCCCACUAG